AUGAAAAACAAUGAAGAUGUUGAGAUAGAUGAGUCUUUGUAUUCCAGACAAUUGUAUGUUGUCGGAAAGGAUGCAAUGAAGAAAAUGAUGAGCAGCAAGGUGCUUGUGAUGGGGCUGGAUGGGCUUGGGCAAGAGAUUGUGAAGAACAUAUGCCUGGCUGGGGUAAGUAAAGUGGGACUUUUUGAUGACAGGGUGGUUAGUGAGGAGGAUCUAUGCACUGGGUUCUACCUCCGAAGAGAAGAUAUUGGGAAGCCCAGGGAUUCCAGUGUGGUAAGUAGGUUUAGAUCGAUGAAUGAAUAUGUCGAUGUUAAUGUUGUCAGUGAGGUGAAAAGCUUUGAGGAGUAUGACGUUGUUGUUGUGUGCAAUGAGUGUUAUGGAGAGCAGAUAAGGUUGAAUGAGAUGGCGAGGAAGGACAAGUGCAUGUUUAUUGGAUGUCAAGUGAGAGGGUUGUUUUCACAAGUAUUUUGUGACUUUGGAGCGGAAUUUAUUUGUGUUGAUAGGACUGGGGAGAUACCUGUGAGUGGAAUGAUUAAUGACAUAAGCGAGGAUGGAGUGAUGACUGUUGUUGAUGGGCAGAGACACAACCUUGAGGACUAUGACAUAAUCAAAAUAACUCAAUGCGAAGAAUACGAGGGAAGGCACUUUAGGGUUAAGGUUAUCUCACCAACCCAAGUGAUGCUACAGAGCGUUGAUGGGGUCCGAAUGUUUGAAGAGGAAGCCGAGUUCAAGGCAGAGAAGUUCAAGGCGGUUUACGGAGGGGACUUUGAACAGCAGAAGAAGCCUGUUAUGAUAUCCUUCAAACCUCUGGGAAGAACUAUUGAUGAACCAAGCAUUCUUGGAUUCAACCACGAGGUUGAGGAAAGGAAUCUUGUUGUGCACAAGUGCUUUGUUGCUCUUGGAGAAUACAUGGAGCAGGAUAAACAGGAGGUUGAUGGAGAGGGAUUCCUAUCAUUUUUUGUUAGGAAGUAUAAGAGUCAUUUUGAGUUUGAAGGACUGAUAAGAUCUUUUGGAAAGCAAUGCAUGGGGACACUCAUGCCCAUGUGUUCUGUGGUUGGGGGGUUUGUAGCACAGGAGAUUCUGAAAGGGGUUGGGAGUAAGUUUACACCUUUACAUCAAUUCUUUUAUUUUGAUGCAGCAGAUGCCAUUCCUAAAGAUUCUGAGGAUAGUGGAAAAGAGUAUGGUAGGUAUGGGCCGAUGGUAAGAUGUCUUGGGAAGGAAUGCGUUGAAAGGCUCUUUAAUCUACAUGUUUUUAUGGUUGGGGCAGGAGCCAUUGGAUGUGAGCAUCUGAAAAAUAUGGUUAUGUGCGGUAUUGGGCAUAAUGGGAGAAUAAGUGUUACGGACAUGGAUGCUAUUGAGCAGUCCAACUUGAACAGGCAGUUCCUAUUUAGGUCCGGAGAUGUAUCAAGCAUGAAGGCGGAAGUUGCUGUGAGAGAAGCCAUGGCAUUGAAUCAAGACUUUCUGCAGGUGUCCAGCGAUGAGAAAAAGGUUGAAGAAAAGGGCGUUUCCGAGGUUACAAAUGGAAUGUCUAACAAUGAAUCUUCGCAAUCAAAUCUUGUUUACUACAACCUGAAGGUUGGGAAAGAAACAGAAGGGGUGUUUAGUGAUAGGUUCUUCCAAUCGGUAGACGCUGUAGCAACUGCACUGGACAAUGUGGAUGCAAGGAUGUAUAUGGAUGGGAGAUGUGUUGUGAAUAGAAAGUUUAUGGUGGAUGCAGGGACGUCUGGGACAAAAGGAAAUGUUCAAGUUGUUGUUCCUUUCCAUACCGAAAGCUAUGGGUCUAGCCAAGACCCUCCUGAAAAGUCCAUUCCCUUGUGCACAAUCAAAAACUUUCCAUAUGCGAUAGAGCACACAAUCGAAUGGGCAAGAAGUGAAUUUGAAUUCAAGUUCCACGACGAGAUACUUCUUAUAAAGGAAUAUUUGAGCAAGGAGAAGACAAACACUGAGAGUGAAAGGAAGGAGGAUCAAAGUAAUGAGAUUAUAGAGGAUGUUGUUGAAAAGAUACCUACAAAUGCCAAGGAAUGUAUUAGAAAUGGGAUCCUUCUCUUUGUGAAAUUGUUCCAUACGUCUAUCAAGAACCUUAUAACUGCGUUUCCUCCUGAUUCAAAGACAAAGGAAGGACAGGUUUUCUGGAUGCCUCCUAAAAGGGCGCCUAGAACGAUCAACUUCGACGUGAACAACGACCUUCACAUAUUGUUUGUCCAAAGCACUGCAAACAUAUUCAGCCUCAACUUUGGAAUCAAGCAGCAUAUAUCAAAGGAGAUGGUUGCAGAGUUUGUGAAGAAUGAGAUACUGGUUGAAGAGUUUUCAACCGUAGCAGACAGUAUCUGUGCAGAAGAAUCCUCGAAGCCAUAUGUGGACCCUAGUAUCAUAACACCCUGCAUUUUUGAGAAGGACGACGACACAAACUUCCAUGUAGACUUCCUGUAUGCAGCUGCCAACCUUAGAGCAAUAAAUUACAAGAUAAAGCAGGCAGACAGGCUUACUGUGAAGGGGAUUGCAGGAAGAAUAAUUCCAGCUAUAGCAACAACAACAGCUGUUGUUUCUGGUUUGGCGAUUCUAGAGAUGAUAAAGUAUGCCUUAGGUGUGGAGCAUAUAAAGCACAAGAAUUCCUUUCUUAACCUGGCUCUUCCUUUUUUUGCCAGCACAGAUCCCGUGGAGCCUGCAAAGCAAUCAUAUAAGAUUGAGAAUAAAAAAUACACAUUCACACUAUGGAACAGACUAGAGUAUAAAGACUCGAAACUGGGAACAAUCCUCAGGGCCUUUGAGAUUCAGUUCAAGAGAAAGAUAUCAAUGGUCACUGCAGAAAGUGCUCUGAUAUAUUGGGACUUCGACUCAAAGUAUGCAGAUAAUUUGGAGAAGACAGUUGGAGAGUUGGUUGAUAGAAAACCAGAUGAGCUGUUUGUUGUGCUGGAUGUGAUAACAGAUGAUGAUGAGGGAGAGUUCCCCAGGAUUGUAGUUGUCUUUGAAUAA